AUGGGAAAUACGGAGAGUAAUGUGACCAGUGGCGUUAAGAAGCAGGCGGGAGUGUCCACCCAGGCACUGUACAAGUUCGUCAACCUGAAGGGCGGUGGGCUGCUCGUGGACAUGAUGAAGCGUGCGAUACAGAACAAACAGUAUGCGGAGAUCGAUCAUGCGAUCAAGACGAAGGUCGAACCGUUUCUCUACAACAAAGGCAAGGGAAAGUACAUCCCGGUGUCGGUGUUGGUGCUGUUACGAAAUCGGGAACGGCCGCGCCAUAAACAGUUGCCCGAGAUCCGGGCGAUGGAGAACCCGGAAGAGGACUUUGAUAUCGAUGCCGUCUGUCCGGAAGUAAGCGAGGCGGAGUACUACCUGAAUCCGUCCGGCUACCGGGAAGUUUGUUGGAACAUUAAGGAACGUGGCGCUGUUGGGGAGACCAUUCUACAUCUUUGUCUACUCAAUGCAACCUCUUUGCAUGCGGACCUGGCGAAACGGUUGCUGCGCUUCUAUCCCAAGCUCAUCAACGAUGUGUACAUGUGCGACGAGUACUACGGUGAGAGUGUGCUGCAUCUGGCGAUCGUGAACGAAGAUCCCGCCAUGGUGAAGUACCUGCUCGAUCACAAUUCCGACGUAAACGAGCGCUGCUGUGGUACGUUCAUGUGUCCUGAGGAUCAGAAAGCGUCCCGGUACGAUACGGUCGAGACAGAAGUCGUCCAGAUGGUACAAAUAACAAACUACGACGGGUACGUGUAUUGGGGAGAGUAUCCUCUCACCUUUGCCGCCUGUCUAGGGCAGGAAGAGUGCUACCGGCUUGUGCUGGCUCGUGGAGCAGACCCCGACAACAAGGAUUUCAAUGGCAACACGGUGCUGCACAUGCUUGUGAUAUACGAGAAGAUUUCUACGUUCGAUAUGGGGUAUGAGGUUGGUUCCUCGUUGAGCAUUCGGAACAACCAGAAUCUAACGCCACUGACGCUGGCGGCAAAGCUCGGACGGGUGGAGAUGUUCUUCCACAUCAUGAACAUCGAGCGGGAGAUCUACUGGCAGCUGGGAAGCAUCACCUGUGCGGCAUACCCGCUGGGGCUGAUCGACACGAUCGACGUAGAGACCGGCAACAUCAGCAAGGAUUCCGCCCUCAAUUUGGUAGUGUUUGGUGACAAGGACGAGCAUCUGGAUCUGCUGGACGGCGUUCUGAUCGAUCUGCUCAAAACAAAGUGGAACACGUUCGUGAAGGACAAGUUCUACCGGCAGUUCUUUAUGUUUUUCUGCUACUUUUGCGUAUCGUUGGUGAGCUUCACGCUACGUAAUGGACCUCCGCCCGCAGACGAUGACGAGCAGGAAGGGCCCGGGGGUGUCAACAAAACAGCCACCACAAAGGAAGAUCUUCGUCGGCAUCGGUGGACGAACGAAUCGACACUGGAGGAAACUAUGGCGACGCUUGCCAGCAACGGGAGCAUUGGGCUUGAAAUGUUUCUCGGCAAGCUGACGGAGCAACUGAAUGGAAGCGCGGGCGAGUCUUCCGAGUUUGAUCCUGCCGAAAUGGAUGAUGGUCUGUUCUUUAACUCCAAGUGUCACACGAUGGAUUACGACGGCGUGGAAGGCAAGGUACGACUCAUAUCGGAAAUGAUCAUACUGGUGGGAUCGUUCCUGUAUCUGCUAGCUGCCCUGCGAGAGUUGAAGUUUCUUGGCCGGAAAAUGUUCUUCGAGAAUCUUAUGACAGCACCCUCUCGGGUUAUGUUUCUGUUUUCCUGCUGCAUAAUGAUGAUCGUACCGUUUUUGAAGGUACUUUGCUUCACGGAACUGGAGGACCAUGUAGCUGUAGUUAUCAUGCUCACAACGGCGCCUUACUUUCUGUUCUUCUGUCGAGGCUUCAAAACCGUCGGACCUUUCGUAGUGAUGAUAUAUCGUAUGGUGAUGGGAGAUCUGUUGCGAUUCGUUGUGAUCUAUCUGGUGUUUGUGAUGGGCUUCUCGCAGGCCUACUACAUCGUCUUUCUGUCCUACAAACCGGAGGAGGAAGGUGACGCCAAUCCGAUGCCUUCCCCAAUCGAAUCGAUCGUAGCAAUGUUUCUUAUGUCACUGACAAACUUUGGCGAUUAUUAUGGUGCGCUGGAGAACACGGAUCAUGAAAUGUGUGCUAAGAUCCUGUUCGUACUGUUCAUGGUGAUUGUGGCCGUCCUGUUGGUGAACAUGUUGAUCGCUAUGAUGGGUAACACGUACCAGAAGAUUGCGGAAACGAAGAACGAGUGGCAGCGUCAGUGGGCUCGCAUCGUGCUCGUGGUGGAGCGUGGUGUCCCGCCGAAGGAACGGCUCAAGAACCUAAUGUCUUACAGUCAACCGAUGUCGGACGGACGGCGGGCGCUUGUUCUUCGACUGAACAUGACGGACGAAGAUAAGGAGGAAAUGAAGGAGAUUCUGGAAAUGAAGCGAGUCCACGAUCGUCUCUCGAUUAAGCGCCAAGUCGAGCGUGAUGCACGUGCGGAACAGCGUCGUCUGUUGCGGGAGAAGUACAUCAACAUGGCCUCCUAAGCACACGUGGAGGAAUGGUUUUUCGUCCUACCCUUAACCGUUAAUCCGUGCCCCGUCAACUCGAUCAACUUUGUUAGCUUUUUAGCCAAUUUUUAAACCAUCGAAUCGAAACAUUAGGUAAAAUAAAGUUGUUUACAUCUUGUC